AUGGUCGUUCAGUUAAAAUUUGAAAAUUCGUUUUGGACAACCGGAAAUUAUCAGAAGGGAAUUAAUAUUCUAUAUGAUAAAUUAGAUCAAGGUAGUGUUGAAAACGAAGAAAUAAUUGACUUUCUUAAAGAAAGGAUAGCGGUAGAAGAAUUAUAUGGCAAGAAAUUGUGUGAUCUUUCUCAAAUAGGCAGUCGACCGAAUGGCUUUCUGCGUGAUGAAGGCGCUUCGUUGCGACGUUCAUUUGAGAUUGUAAAGCAAGAAUGUGACCAAUUAGGACAAGCCCAUUUACAAAUGGCUAAUAACUUGUCCGAUUUGGUGCUUAAACCUUUUCUCAAACAAAGUGAAGAUUAUAGUAAAAGUCUCAGAGCAAGUAGGGAAGAGAUAACGGGUUAUUUGAAAUUGUUUGACAAGAUGGUUAACGAAGUGGAUAACUCACGGACUAAUUAUAUAACGAAAUGUCAAUUGGCUGAUGAAGAAAUUUCUACUCAUGAAGCUGAAACUUUAUCUAUAUCAGAAAAAGAUGUGCGGCAAGAUCAAUUGUUGACUGUCACACUUGGGAAUUUAUCAUUUUCAGAGGAAGAAAUAAUGCAAUUUCUUGCUAAAAUGCGUGAAGAAAUUCCUUAUAAGGAAAUUAAAAUACCUAUCCUUGGUACUUAUAAUGACGCUUAUUCCGGUGAAGAUAUUACUAAAUGGUUAAUGAAAAAUCAUGCUAAUGCAAAAUCAUGGCAGGAAGCUGAAAAUAUUGGUCAGGAAUUGGCUGACCAAGGUUUUCUACGGCACGUUGGUGCUAUUGGAAAUAAUUUUGUUAGCACUCCUCCCGCUUGCUUUCAAUUCAAAAGUAAGGCAUUUAACCUCAGAGAAACUGAGGAUGUAAAUGCUGGAAUGGGUUGGGGCGGUUUAAUAUAUGCAAUAUCUGCUACUCAACCUUCUAUAAAACGUGCCCGAAAAGAAGCCGAUGAAUCCGAUGAGGCCUACCGACAUGCAGUGAGAAGCACCAUGAUUUCUACCUCUCAACCAAUGUCAGAACGUUUAAUGAUAUAUCACGAAGCAUUGAAACCUGAACGAGAUAUUCAAUUUAUUAUACAGCAUUAUCGCACUGGCCCAUUUAACCCUAAGGUCAUUCUUUAUAAUAAUAAAUACAAUGGAAGUGCUAAUGAUCAAACCUUUGGCGUCCCGCUAGCAGAAAAGGCACAAAAAGAUUUAAAGUCUGUUCCCCAGAUUGUUACCAAGUGUCUUAGUUGUAUUUCUAAAGGUUCAUCUAUGUGGAGUAAUUCAGAUAAAAAGCUUUUAUGGAUAACGGACGUACCUUUAGCCUCGAUCCAUGCACUUCGUGAAGAAAUUAAUGAUGGCAGCAAGGUUACACUAAAGAAAUUACGAGAAUAUGACUUGGCUGUAGUAACAGGAGUAUUGAAAUUAUACUUCAUGGAACUACCAGAAUGUCUACUUACAUUUGGACUUUACGACCCC